GGCAUUGCAAGAAGAAAAAGAUGUGGAAGAAAAACGAAAAAAAGGUCACGCAAAAAUCUUCGACAAGAGAUUUCGAAGAUCUUAAAAAAUCAGACGUUAGCAACGAGCUUCAAACAGAUACAAAAGAAACAUCACUAAACAAUAAUGAAGCGGUCAUAGGAGAACCGCAUGGUACCAAAAGAACGAAUGAAACUACAGAAUCUUCAGAAUCCAUUUCUACCAAGAAAAUACGUCAAUACGAGAAAGAACAAGGAGAAUCCUCUUGUGCCGUUGCAACUGACACCGUCGAUAAAUCUUAUGAACAUCCGCGGACAAAUCUACUCGACAAUCUGCUGCUUGCAACUCAGAUCGAGAAUAAUAAUAACGACGCGCAACGGAACGA